AUGGACGCCCAGCAGUCGACGGGUGCAGGGCCGAGCGCAUCGACGGGCCCGCCGUCGAAAGUGACUCACUGGCACCAGCUCAAAGUCACCGUCGUCAAAGCCAGUCUUCAGCACUCUUCUAUCCUCAAGCCCAACUGUUACGUGGAAAUCACGGUCGACGGAGAAAGUGCCAAGAAGACGGAGAUCGUGAGGAACACCUGCGAGCCUCAUUUUGACGAAAAGUUCACCUUACAGGGGCUUGGAAGAAAUUCAACGUUAAGAGAAAACCCUACGGAACUGCCAGAGCCGAGCGCAUCUGUUUCGAUCACCGUGGAUGAGCACGGCGGGGAAACAGCGACAACAACAACGUCGUCGUCAAGUGUGCAACCAGUUGGGGUUUCCCGGGACGGAAACAUAGUGAGCAACAGUAAUGGUUUAGAAAGCCAGAACGGUGUAGCGGGUGUCGCGGUACCCGCGGACGAACAACACCGCGGGGUUGCCGGGAAUUCGAGUCGGACGCCCAGUUCGUCGACGGCCAGCCAACCAGUGCCGCCUCGUCGACAAGGGCCAGCUGGUUCCAGAGUGCCGCCUGCGGGACAACCUCAGCGUGAUAAUGAGCCUCUUCCUCCAGGGUGGGAGAUGCGUUAUGAUCGAUUGGGUCGACGGUAUUACGUGGACCACAACACCAAGAGCACGACGUGGGAGCGACCGGCGCCCUUGCCCCGAGGCUGGGACAUGCGACGGGAUCCCAGAGGUAGGAUCUACUAUGUUGACCACAAUACCAGGACGACUACCUGGCAACGUCCCAACCCGGAAUCUCUGUCCCGCUACCACCAGUGGCAGGGCGAGCGAUCCAUGGUGGUGGAACAAGGCGCUCAACGGUUCUUGUAUCCGCACCAAAAUGUGUCUGGAAACGAUGAAGAAGACGACGGACGUGGGGCACUUCCCGUUGGCUGGGAGCGUCGGACAGACAACGGACGAGUCUAUUUCGUGAAUCACAAGAAUCGAACAACUCAAUGGGAAGAUCCUAGGACUCAAGGAAUGAUGAACCAGGAAGAUCCGUUGCCACCUGGUUGGGAAAUGCGAAUAACCAGCGAAAGUGUUCGUUACUUCGUCGAUCACAACACUAGGACUACGACGUUUCAAGACCCCCGACCUGGUUAUCCCAAAGGUGGAGUCGCGGGUUAUGGAGUCCCAAUGGGUUAUGAUCGUUCGUUCCGGUGGAAACUGGGUCAGUUUCGGUACCUGUGCCAGUCGAACAUUGUCCUGGGUCACAUCAAAAUUCAUGUGAAUCGUCAGACAUUGUUUGAAGACUCGUUCCAUCAAGUGAUGCGGUCGCAGGCGUUCGAGCUUCGUCGUCGGUUGUACGUCAUUUUCCGCGAGGAAGAAGGGCUGGAUUACGGCGGAUUGGCCAGGGAGUGGUUCCUUUUGUUGUCGCACGAGGUCCUGAAUCCGAUGUAUUGUUUAUUCGAAUACGCGAAUAAGAACAAUUAUUCCCUACAAAUUAAUCCGGCAUCGAGCGUGAAUCCGGAUCAUUUGCUGUACUUCAGAUUCAUCGGCCGAUUCAUCGCCAUGGCUUUGUACCACGGCUGCUUCAUUUACUCUGGCUUCACGUUGCCGUUCUACAAGCGGAUGUUGAAUAAGAGGCUCACAAUGAGGGACUUGGAGUCCAUCGAUCCCGAGUUCUACAAUUCGCUCAUGUGGAUCAAGGAUAACGAUAUUGACGAAUGUGGACUCGAGUUGUUCUUUUCCACCGACUACGAGCAGUUGGGAGAGUUGAAACAGCACGACUUGAAACCCGGAGGAGCGGAUGUUAAAGUGACUGAGACGAACAAGGAAGAAUAUGUUCGGUUGAUGAUGGAAUGGAGAAUGACGAGAGGACAAGAAGACCAGACGAAGGCUUUCUUGGACGGCUUUAGCGAAGUGGUGCCGUUGGAAUGGUUGCAGUAUUUCGACGAGCGAGAACUCGAGUUGAUGUUGUGCGGAAUGCAAGAGAUCGACAUUGACGACUGGCAACGAAAUACUCUCUAUCGACACUACAACAAGAACUCGAAGCAAGUCGUUUGGUUCUGGCAGUUUGUGAGAGAGCUGGAUAACGAGAAACGAGCUCGUCUGCUGCAGUUUGUUACUGGAACCUGUCGAGUGCCAAUCGGCGGCUUUGCCGAGUUGAUGGGGAGCAAUACAAAUGGCGCACAGCGGUUUUGCAUCGAGAAGGUGGGGAAAGAAACGUGGUUGCCUCGUUCACACACGUGCUUCAACCGACUAGACUUGCCUCCGUACAAGAGCUACGAGCAGCUCUGCGAAAAGCUGACUUUCGCAAUUGAAGAGACCGAAGGAUUCGGUCAAGAGUGUCGCCUGAAUUUCAUUAUUAAUCCACGUUGGGUUGAGAUGCUUCUGUUGGAGAAGCGACACCUGCGUGACGCAGCUAAACGUGACGAAUGGUGGAUGCCGUCGAGUGUCGAUGGUUGGUUGUGUGAGUGUCGACGGCGGCAGAUUCAAAAGUUCCACAAGCAUCACGGCGAUAACUUGGUGUUGAACAGCGAGGAAACCGUCGCCUUUCGCAAGAGUGGCUACUCUGGAGGACUGGCCUUCAGUGCGAAGCCCCUGGCAGCCGGAGAAGUCUUUCUCAUCGAGGUGCAAGGCAGCGAAGCUGGUUGGAGUGGGAACCUGCGACUGGGCGUCACUCAGAGCGACCCCCAUUUGCGUGCUCCGUUGCCGGAUGCGUCGCUGGCCAUGACAAAUGGCAAUUCCUGGGUGUUUCCGGUUGACGGAUGCCACGUGGAACGGGGUCGAACGGACGGUGGGAAGCUGAGGGAGAUUCUGGCACGGAAUCGGACGAGUAUCGACGUGGACUUGCUGUUUCCGAGGUCUGGGGACAGGGAGUUGUUGCCGGCGGAAGUGGGCAGUCGGUUGGGCAUGAUUCUUGUCACGGAGGCGCCGGCUGGUGAAGAGGCCAGUGUUGAACUGCAUUUUGUGGUGAAUGGAAUCCCACAUGGGCCCAUGGCAACCAGCAUCCCCUACAAGAGUGGGCCCCUGUACGCUGUGGUAGAUGUUUAUGGGGCCACAAGGAGAGUGUGUAUCGUUCAAAGGGACACUGGCGUUCUUCUCAGAAUGACGGAGGACUGGAAAUUAGAGAAAGAAAAAUUUGUGGCUAACCUCAAUGGAACGUCGUUCGUGACGACGCAGAGUUUCCUGUUGUUGUCGCCUGCGAUUCACUUGAUGCGAGUCAUUGCGGUACUUCCGGUUCUCGGUGCGCUUUUCCCUCAUUCGAAUAGUUGAUUCCAGAGGGAAUCGAGCGUUGAAGAUUUUCCCCAACUUUUGGAAAGAACCCGACGAGUUCUCAAGAGCUGUUCUCGUUUUUUGCUUUUGGGACUCCUGCGAGUCUUGGCUGUGAAAUCUACGAAUUAUCAAGAGCAUCAAACCGAGUACGGGGUUCAUGGCAACUUUUUCUUCGUCCUCGCAGGGCUGAGGAGGGAAUCGAGCGUUGAAGAUUUUCCGCAACUUUUGGAAAGAACCCGACGAGUUCUCAAGAGCUGUUCUCGUUUUUUGCUUUUGGGACUCCUGCGAGUCUUGGCUGUGAAAUCUACGAAUUAUCAAGAGCAUCAAACCGAGUACGGGGUUCAUGGCAACUUUUUCUUCGUCCUCGCAGGGCUGAGGCUAUUUUCCGGAGUUUUUGAUCCCAUGCUGAAUCGGUGGCAAGCUUCCCCUGAACUUUUGUCGUGGGUUCUGAUUGCGGUCCAGGAAUUAGGUCUCAAACUCGGACUUGAAAACUGGGUACUCGAAGCUCCGUUGAAUCGGGCAGAACUCGGUUUUGUGAGUCAGAACCGAGAGAUUUUCGUGUCAUUCUUGGGCUACGCGGCUUUGUAUUAUGCUGGAGUGAACUUCGGGAAAUGGGUUCGAAAUCGUCAGCGACGGUACAGGAAUUCCUUGACUUUUGGCGAGAAGUUUGUGGCGCUUCAUUUGGCUUCGAAUGUUAUUUUCGGCUAUUUCAUGCCGUCCAGGCGACUCAUGAAUUCGGCGUACUUCUUUUGGAUGGUGUUGGCGAAUACCAUCCACUACCGGAUCUGCUUGUUGAUCGAAGAAAUAUUUUAUAAUCGCGUCUGCAAAAUCAUUUCGGUGCAAAUCGUGUCGCAGAAAACAGCUAUACAAACCGCUUGCAGCAUAAUUUCGGGAUCCUCAAGCCCCUUUCUUCGGAAAUUUUCCAGGAAUGGAAUGUUCGUUUUCCUAGUUGCAAACCUUUUUACCGGAUUGGUGAAUUUGAGCUUUAAUACCCUGAGUGUUGGUGGUGUGAUGACUGCUGUGAUACUUUUCUGCCAUGCGGCUUUACUCGGGAUAUCAUCCGAGGUUUUCGAAUACUGGAUGCCUGGAAAAGGACAUCAUAUUCCGUCACUAGCGACAUUCGACGAGAAAGGCGGGAAUGGAGACGGCCUGAAAAAGCGACCAGAAGAACCAAACAGUUUUCCCAGAGAAGACGAUUCUGAGCUGACGAAGAUGAACGUCGAGCAGUUUCAGUCCUAUUUUCAUGACAGUGAUUCUGAUGCAUAGUGAUGAGGCAAAUGUCUUCAAAUGACCUUGACGACGUUUCACGAAGAAUUCAAGAUCAUCGCUGAUCCACUAGACGUCGCGAAAACCACGACAGCCACAUAAAAUGUGGGCUGUGUAUCCUUGACUUGACCGGAGCUUCGCGCUGGCCUUGCUAGAUGUCGCUGCAUGUAAAUAGCUGCAUUCAAAAGUUGAUUUUAUGAAGAGGAAACUUUUUUUAAGGGACUUGAGUAUGAAGCGAAUAUUCGUGAGAUUCAAUUGAUUUUCUUGACGGGAUUCAGAAGAAGCGUGUUCACUUCGGCGGUUCCAUUGAUGAAUUCACGACUGAAGUUCCCAAA